CGGUCGACCGACCCUAAAGCUAAAGUCGUCCCUGCCUCCCUACCAUCAUGUCCGUUCUCAUCCAGAUUCCUGUCUUCCUCUAUUAACCCUUGCAAUAUGCGUAAGCAAUUAUCGACAUUUAUGGUCAAGAGGCCACUCGGAAAAUAUGUCAAAUUCGUGGUGCUUUGGCCAUCGAAAACAAUGACAAUAUCCACGGACAAUGCACAGCUAUAAAAUGUCGCUGCUGGAUGCCUCUCGAGCUCUCUACUACUCUAUCGCCAUGUCCACCUCCUGCGUAUGCAGCAUCUGUCUCUCCGACUUUGUCGACCCCGUUUGCACGCCCUGUGGACAUGUUUACUGUUCGAAUUGCAUCGCACAGGCAACCAGCAUUCUCCGUAAUGAGGGAUCAACGACGGCACCAUGUCCUGCCUGUCGCAAGCAGUUUUCUAUACGUGACGACCCCCUCUCACGCGACUUUCCCGAAUAUUUCGGCUACCCCCUCCGGAGGCUCUACGUGAAUGGAAUACGGGUCAACUUUGAGGAUCAGGUGAAGAGACUGGAGGAGCGUAUCGCGAGUUUGGAGCGAGAGAAUCGGCGACUGCGAAAUAGGGACUUGUUGCUGCCAUCUAGAUCUUUGCGCUCUGAAGGUGGGAGGAACAGCAUGUCUGUGCCAUGGCUUGCACGUACACUCCGCACGGGUUCUGGAUUCUCGUCGUGGUUCCCGCGAGAGGACCAUAAUGUGUCGAGCAUGAGGUGGCUGACGAGCGCAUUUAUGUUUGGAUUGACAAUGACGGUAGGGUUUGUUGCAGGCUUCAUCUUGUACGAUGCUUUUGGUACACAUCCAGUCUUGGAUCCUGAGAUAUAUUACGGGUAGGGUUCUACAUUGCAUUUGCGACGUUCGUUGCUACAAAAUCAUCAUUAUGAUAUGAUAGCAUACAAAGUUUCCUGA